UUUGUAAUAAUAUUCAUUCUAAAUUAAGAUUAAUUUAUAAUGGAUUACAAUUGGAUUAUGGGCAUAUCGGUUAUUUUGAGACUACCUUGGUAGAUACAAAUAAUUCAACCGCUCACAAUAUCCCAUAUGCCUUAUCUGAUGGUAACAUCAUUUGUGGAUGGCCCGAUAAUCA